AUGUCGUGCUCUCUGGUGUCGUCAUCAUCAGAAGAACGACACAUAACCAGACGAAGACUGUCUGAGGAUGGAGCAGAGCGAUAUCAUCCCGACAAGAGUCAAGUGGAUUGCGAAUCGUUCUGGCAAGAACAUGGAACCAACAACAACAACAAUAAUAAUCACACUCGUCAUCGUCAUCGUCAUCUCUUCAGUUUCGAGUCCGUCCCGGAUGAAGCAUUCGAUUUGCCGUGUCGAGGAGACUAUUAUGAUUUAAUAAUGCCAACAACACAGCAAAGUCAAGAAGACGGCAAGAAUCAAGGCAGUCCUCCUCCUCCACCGCCAGAACAAGAAGAAGAAGGAGAAGAAGACGGUGGGGAACUCGUAAUUCCACCCCACGUGAUACCAAUCAACAUUAGCGUGGCCAUUGAUUACCAGAAAUUCGGCAAUGGAAUCCCAAGACGUUUGACCAUGGUCGUGGAAGAAUAUCUCAAUACCACCAAUGUCACUCUGGCAUUUCUCAGUAAAGAAUACUCGGAUGGAAGACACUUUAUCAUUGAUAUUAUUCAGCCACCAAACUCAAACUCAAAGGCAAACUCAAACACACAACCAGACAACAAUACUCUGCCAUUCAUCGACAAUAACAACACAAAUACAAAUGCGACUGCUCUACUACAAGAUGCCGAGACACUUCACCUGGCGGCUGUUUCCUCUCGACAAGGUCAUUUGGUUGGGCAUGCCAACAAUACACCCUUUGCCUGGUAUUAUCACAUUGUCUACCUGGCUGUACACGAAGAAGAAGAACGACCCAAUCGACAGCUAUCCUCGAUUGCUACUUCGUCCAACAACAACAAUAUCCAACCCGUCGACGAUGCACCACUCAUGGCAUGGCUGCAAGUGGAAUUGCAAGGUAUUAUUUAUGCUGACAUUCUACUUCAAGGACCACUGGGGCCCUACUACGACACCAACAAUUAUCACGACCAAGACAACUUUGAGGCACGACAAAUUUCCUACAUUGAAUGGUCCCUGCAAGCCGAUGGAUUUCCCAUUGGAGGAGUUGCGAUUCCGGGACACGAAGAUUUUGAUUUGCAAGAACAAUACCGGCCGCCACCACCAAAAGAUGACGACACUGUGCCACCACAACCCACUACUCCGGCACCCACCACUUCCAGCGAUGACGACGAUCAAGUCAUCUACUACCAACCACUAUCGUUGACGGCCACAUCCCGCCAAUGGUGGGGAUUGGCAUGUCUCCUCACGACACUGAUCGCAGCGCUCGUCUUGACGGUCGUCUCCAACGAGUUGGCCAAACGACGCGAACGAGAGGAAUUGUGGGGCAAUUUGCUCAAGGCGGCGCAAGAAGAUGUCGAAUACCUCGAUGUCGGAUGGCGGUUUCAAGAAGAAGAAGAAAAGGAGGAAGAGGACGACAAUAACUACAUGACGAUGCAAGUCUUUGACAAGAAAGGGGUUGGAUAUCGAGACGGAAGUUCUAUUUUAUUGGGCGGAUACGAAUAUAAAUCUACCACUGCGCUACAGCAACAACAAAAUGAAACGUCGUCGUCGUCGACCGUGCCAAGGGCAAACCAUCAGUCAUCGUAUCGAGUCGAUCCUUCUGUGACUCCAUUCGGUUGA